AUGACGACUUCGGACGCGCGCGCGGCGGCGUCCCCGUCGGAGUGGUCGCUCACGCCAAAGUCGCUCAUGGCCGCGCUGCGGACGCCGACGACGGCGCCGUCGUCGUCCUCCGCGUCCACGAACGCGACGCCGUCGCCCGCGCGGUCCGCGCUGGCGGGGGCCGACAUGACGACGAGCGCGAAGACGACGACGACGACGACGGGGAAGAAAUCGAGCCGCUCGCGAGGCGAGACACACAGCUGGCGCUGCUCGUACGUCAUGAACAGCGAGAACGGCGUGAACCUGUACGGCCGCCUGGACGUCGACGAGAAGCGCGCGAGGUUCGUCGCCGCGUCGGGGCUAUUCGGGACCGCGUAUCAGUUCGUCAUGCCGCGCGACCAGAUACAGAUCGUGCGCGUGCCGACGGCGUCGUCGCCGUACAACGCGCUCGAGCUGCACACGAAGUACCGGCAGAACAUCCUGUGCGACUUCAAGGACAACGAGGCCGUGUUCAGGAGGUGUUGCGCGCUCAUGAAGCUCGAGGUGCUCCCUCAGGUGCAGUUCCCCCCGACGCUCUCGGUUUUUUUUUCUUCGCCGCAAAAAGUCAAGCUCGAACGCCGCAUGAAAGAGCUCGAGCACGAGAACGAGCACUUGCACGGCGAGAUGGACGUGUUGUACUUGCAAGUCGACGAGCAGAGCGGGAUGCUGGACGAGUCGUUGUCGAAAGCGGCGGAGGAGGCGGUCGAGAUCGCGCUCGCCACCGGCCGCGAAGAGGACGCGAGACGAUUCAGGCGCGUUCUAUACACUGAGAAGGAGGAGAAGAACCGAAGACUCGCGGAACUCGUCGCCGCGCUCGGCGCGCUGCGCGGGGAACGCAGCGAUCUUCAGGAGGAAGUCAGCGCGGUGCGAAGGGAGCUGGAGCGGCGAGGCGGGUCGGACGAGAGCGUCGGCGGCGAGCUCGAGGCUGCGCUGACGAAAGAGGUGGACCUUCUGCUCGCGAGACACGCGGAGCUCGCGACGCACUUGGAGCGGGCGCGACGAGAGAAGGCGGCGCUGGAGGGGGAUUUGAACGAGGCGCUGAAGACGCCGAGGGCGAGGACGCCGCUGGCGACGUCCGACGCGGAGGAGGAAGAGGAGGAAGAAGCGCGUGGGUACCGCGUCGCGUCCGCCGCGCCCGGGGAGGAUUCGACGCCGGGGGACGACGCGUCGACGUCGGCGCCCGCCGCGAGCGCCGCCGCCGCCGACGACGACGACGACGACGACGAGCCGGUUCGGCGAACGUCGACGGGCUCGCCGUCGCCGUCGUCGGUCGCCUCGCCGUCCGCGCCAGGCAGCAGCGGCGGGAACGGGAACGGAAAAGUCCGACGCCGUCGACCGAUGAUGGAGGAGCCCGCCGGCCCCGACGGCCCCGACGCCGAGCUCGCCGCGCACCUCAUCGGCCGUCUGAAGCGCGCGGGGGAAUCGGACGAGGCCGCGGUGCUCACCGCGCAGGUGGACGCGUUGAUCAGGCGCGUUCUCCUCACACUGGUCCCCAUACGACGCCGUUCGCGUGGUGAACGCCGAUCCUUAAGGACUUCGCCCGCGCGCGUUUCUCUCCGCCCAGGGUCCCUCGCUUUCAAUUCCCGACGCGCCUCGACGCCUUUCAACUCCAUCUGA